CUGGGUUCUUUCAUCUCCACGCUGAGUCAGCGGAGGGACGGCGCCGGGGGGGCGGGGCUUCGCUGGCGGCAUGGCGGGAACGCUGAGCGGCACGCAGUGGCUCAGACACGGGAGAGAGCUUCCUCCCCUCUGCAGUGACGUGAGACAGAAGCACCGUCUGUCCUGCAUCGACACUCUGCCCCCCGAGGUCAAAGCCCCCUUCCCCCCAGACCCCGUCCUCCCCCUACGCACCAAGACCACCAGGGACUUCCAGGAGGACGUGGAGCGCUGCGUCCUCUCUGGGGACUGGCGGGAGCUCCGGGACUUCUACCUGACCACCUUCGACUCUUUUCUAGAAAUCAACGCUGCCUUCAAGCGGGAGGCUAACGGAUCCUUUAACACUAUAGACGACUCGGGAGUUAACGCCAAGUUUGUGAACGCUGUUUACGACGCGCUGCUCGCCACGCCUCAGGACAUCCAGAAGUCGGUGUUGAAGGGAAUCAUCAACAGCCUGCUGAGGGAGUGGAAGGGGCCUCGAUCCAAAGACGACCUGCGGGCGUAUUUCAUUCUGGUUCAGAACCCCCAGUACUCCAGCACCAGCACCUACGUGAUCUACGCCCACCUGCUGCGUCAGAUCGCUGCCCUGUCCGAGGCCGACCACCACUACCUGGUCCACUGGCUCAAGAAGCUGUCAGCGAGGCGGUUCAGGCAGCUGGUAGAGCGCCUCCUGCAGUUCAUCUCCACUCGACUGUUUCCUGCAGAACCAGAAGAACUUCCUCCUCUGGCCAAAUGUUCCUGGUGGAUCCCAUCAGCUACUAAAGUCCUGGGACUGUUCAAUGCAGCCAACAGCGUCUCCUCGGCUCCCAUCAUGCCGUUCACCGACUUCUACAACAUCACUCUGGAGCACAUCGACUUCAUGGAGGAGUACCGGACCUGGCAGAGCUACGGCAACUCCACCAGGUUCUCCUUCUGUCAGUUCCCCUUCAUCCUGUCGACGGUGGUGAAGAAAGCCAUCAUCCAGAAAGACUCGGAGCAGCAGAUGAUCAGUCAGGCCAGGCAAAGUCUGGUCAGUAAGGUUUCUCGCAGGCAGAGAGUGGACAUGAACCUUCUGUUCCUCAACAUUAAAGUACGACGAGCACAACUCCUCAGUGACUCACUGGAUGAGCUGACGAGGAAGCGGUGCGACCUGAAGAAGAAGCUGCGGGUGACGUUUGUGGGCGAGGCGGGUCUGGAUAUGGGCGGUUUGACUAAAGAAUGGUUCCUGCUGCUGGUGAGACAGAUCUUCCACACCGACUACGGAAUGUUCACCUACAUGAAGGACUCGCGCUGCCACUGGUUCAGCAGCUGGAAGUGUGACAACUAUUCAGAGUUCCAGUUGGUUGGAACCCUGAUGGGUCUGGCCGUCUACAACAGCAUCGCUCUGGACAUCCACUUCCCCCUCUACUGCUACAGGAAGCUGCUGACUCCUCCCACUGUCCCCAGUGAGCAGAACGUCCUGGUAGGGAUGGCCGUGGCCUCGCUGGACGACCUGCAGCAGAUCACACCGGAGCUGGCUCACGGUUUGUCGGAGCUGCUGAGCUAUGAGGGAAACGUGGAGGAGGACUUCUACCUCACCUUCCAGGUGCUCCAGGAGGAAAUGGGCGUGGUCAAAUCCCACAACCUGAAGCCCGGAGGAGACAAAAUUCCUGUCACCAAGCAGAACAGGAAGGAGUACGUCCAGCUCUACAUUGACUUCCUGCUCAAUAAAUCCAUUUAUAAGCAGUUUGCUGCCUUCUACCACGGCUUCCACAGCGUCUGUGCGUCUGACGCUCUCAUGCUGCUGCGUCCUGAGGAGGUGGAGAUGUUGGUUUGUGGAUCUCCUGAACUGGACAUGAUGGCUCUGCAGAAAGCUGCUCAGUACGAAGGAUUCAGCAAGACGGACACCACCGUACGGUGUUUCUGGGACGUGGUCCUGUCUUUCCCUCUGGAGCUCCAGAAGAAGUUUCUCCACUUUGCGACAGGAAGUGACCGUGUCCCGGUGGGGGGGAUGGCCCACCUCAACUUCAAGAUCUCCAAGAUCGACGUUCCCACCGACUGGCUGCCGAUCUCUCACACCUGCUUCAAUCAGAUCUGUCUGCCUCCGUAUCGCACCAGGAAGGAGCUGAAGCACAAACUCACCAUCGCCAUCUCCAACGGAGAGGGCUUCGGCCUGGAGUGACCCACACACA